GUCUUCCCUGUUGAUUCAUGGCGUUCUAGAGUUGAAGAAGAAGGAAUAACUUUCUUGGUGGACUUAAACAAAAGAACAUGUGAUUGUUUUCAAUUUCAACUUGAUGAAUUACCAUGCAUACAUGCCAUUGCAACUAUCGAGAAGAGAAACAUCAAGAAGUCCGACUUUUGUUCGCACUGGUACUUAAAGGAAUCUUGGCUGAAAACAUAUGAAAGACAAAUACAUCAUGUAGGACAUACUGAUUCAUGGAUUGUACCAGAGAGUGUUAAGUCACAAAUUGUUAAACCUCCAGAUUUCAAAGUGCCACCAGGUAGAAGGCAAAAGAAAAGGCAUAUUCCUGCUACCGAGCCAUCAAAAAUAACAUUCAAAUGUGGUCGUUGCAGAAGAAUUGGUCAUAACAGAACAACUUGUAUAUAUUCUCUGGCACUCCAUCCAUUUUCAAGAAAGCAUAGAGAAGAGUAG